AUGAAAUUAUUAUUGCCUACUUUUUUAAAUAUUUCAUAAUCUGAAUGGAUAAUAAAUAUUGAGGCAUUUGCAGAGGAUUCAUUAACAACGUUGGAUGGUAAAUUUGAGUUAAAAUUUAUUAAGGAUGGAUAAUUUAAAAUUAAUUCUAAGUAACCUCUGUAGGAGGAUUGAAAACAUUUGAAUGA